GAACACUGUCCUAUUUCUACUAUAACUCUGAAGAGCGACGAUAAUAGUAUUGGAGAAAAGGGUUGCCGUUGGCUGUCUGAUGCAUAUAGGUUGGCUUCUGUCUAUACAUAUAAGUAACUUUAGCCUGAUCAACUGCUUGCUGUUUAUGCCAGGGAGAGAGGUCCAUAUGGCUGCAAGAGGUUUCAAGAGAGUUUCGCACUGGUUCCCACGUUCAUCCACAGGCCGCCAGGAGGACGAUGAAGACAGCAACGAGAGGAAUGGCUUGCUUAGGAGCCACUCGGAUCAGAUUGUGCCGGUUGCAGAUUUUGGUGAGGAACACAAGGCGCUAGCUCUUCAUGUUGAACCAAAGACCAUAGCACUGAAGGUGUCCAUGCACUGCCAUGGCUGUGCAAGGAAGGUUGAGAAGCAAAUCUCAAAGCUGCAAGGGGUUGUGUCCUUCAAAGUGGAGCUGGAGAUCAAGGAGGUGACUGUUGUCGGAAAUGUUAGCCCCACGGAAGUUCUGGAGAGCAUAUGUAAGGUGACGAAAUAUGCGGAGAUUUUGGCGAGUCCCUAGUGAUCCAUCAAGUUCCGUGAUAUACUCGUGAAUGUGAAAUACAUAUUAUCAGAUAAAUGCUGUUUCGUAGCAGAAAAAUACCGUGACUCUCCUUGCAAGAGAAAUAAACCUUUGAUCUCAGUCC